GUAUUCAGCUAAGGAGACAAGCGGACUAGGAGGUACAGAGGUAUUGGGCGCGGGCCAUGAGGAUGGUGAUCAUGUCUACUUUGACGAGAAUGAUGACGUAGAUGAUGAUGAGCACAAGGACUCAGUAGAAGAAACACCGAAGGAGCCAGUGAAAGGAACACCGAGUAAAGAGGAUAAUGAGCUCCCUGAAGAUGAUAGGAAGAGUAAAGCCAACGAUCAGCCUAUUGAGAAGAAGCCUGCGAGAUGUUGUGUCUCCCCGCAGUGA